ACUGUCCAUUUUUGUCACAAAGCCACAUAAUAAAUCAAUCAAUCAGUGAAAACUUUAAAAACAUCUACUUUCCAGGAAGUUUAAAAGUUCUGUCAAAUUCUCACCUACUUGUUAAUUUAAGUUACAUAAUAAAUUUUCCAUAAUAUUGACGGAGAUAUUUAUAUUUUUCUUAAAAACUCUGUCAAACCUGUCGCAAAUUAAUUAAAAAGAAAAUAUCAAAUAAUAUUCAUAAAUAAAAUGAACAACAAUUGUAUUAUGAGAUUAUUUUUGCUACGAAACACCUAUCCCUGUUUAACUUUGUGCAAUGGGUCGAAAACGAAGAAUUCAUUACGAAUCUAUGAUAAGAAAUGGAUCAGCUCAAGUGCAACUUCAUCCAAAGAAAAAGAUAUUAUCCUGCAUCGAAAGUUAGCAGAAAAAUCACAAUCAGCAACAGGAAUUCAAGUUACGAGAUUGUUCGGAGAUACUUCAAAAAACAAGGAAGAUCAAUCCAAGUCAUCUGCUUAUGUAAAUAGAAACUAUAAAAAGUUGUUUUUUUAUGAUACUCAAAAUGCUUGUUUGGUUGGUAACAACAUGGACACGACCCCACAGAAGAGAUUUAUGUCAAUGUUACCCCAACGAGAGCAACAGCAAAAAAAUGCCGAAGAUGUGCUUUUUGAUAUGUUCUAUAAUGAAGAAACCGACUUAUUAUCAAUGGGCAAAUUUUUGGCGGCCCUUAAAACAACUGGUAUUAGAAAGACAGAUCCCCGAAUCAAAGAACUCAUGGAGAAUUUAAAAAAAGUACAUAAACUCUCCAAUUAUGAGUCUGGUUCAUCAGCCGAAACACAGAAUCUUAAUCGAGAAACUUUUAAAGGUGUCAUCGCACAAAACAUUGUCCUAAUUGCAAAAGCAUUUCGUCAACAAUUUAUCAUACCAGAUUUUACCGGAUUUGUUAAGGAUAUCGAGGAGAUUUAUUUUAAGUGCAAAACUAAUACCAAUGGCAAAGUAGCAAAUUAUAUUCCUCAAUUGGCACAUUACAGUGCUGAAUCUUGGGGUGUUAGUAUUUGCACAAUUGACGGACAACGAUAUUCAAUUGGUGAUGUUGAUGAUCCAUUUACACUUCAAAGUUGCAGUAAACCGCUUACAUAUGCUAUUGCUUUGGAAAAGCUGGGUCCAAAAAUUGUGCAUGAUUAUGUUGGACAGGAACCAAGUGGAAGAAAUUUCAAUGAAAUUAUUUUGGAUCAAAAAAAUAAACCACACAAUCCUAUGAUAAAUGCCGGGGCUAUCAUUACAUGUUCAUUGAUGCAAACCCUUGUAAAACCAGAGAUGACUAUGGCUGAGAAAUUCGACUACACCUUGCAAUGGUUCAAGAAAAUGGCGGGUGAUGAAAAUAUCACAUUCAAUAAUGCCGUAUUUCUGUCUGAACGAGAAGCUGCUGAUAGAAACUAUGCACUUGGAUUUUAUAUGCGUGAAAAUAAUUGUUUUCCAGCUAAAUCAAACUUAAAAGAAGUUAUGGAUUACUACUUUCAGUGCUGUUCCAUGGAGGCAACUUGCGAAGUAAUGUCCGUUAUCGCAGCUACCCUUGCAAAUGGUGGAAUCUGCCCUACGACCGAAGAGAAAAUUCUCCAGCCCGAAGUUGUUCGUGAUGUCUUGUCAAUUAUGCACUCAUGUGGUACCUAUGAUUAUUCUGGUCAAUUUGCCUUCAAAGUUGGUCUGCCAGCUAAAUCCGGUGUGUGCGGUGGUAUGAUGCUAGUUAUUCCGAAUGUUAUGGGUAUAUUCACAUGGUCCCCACCAUUGGAUGCGCUAGGUAAUAGUUGCCGAAGUGUGCAAUUUUGUGAGGAAUUGGUAAACACUUUUAAUUUCCAUCGCUACGACAACCUUAAGCAUGCUUCCAAUAAAAAAGAUCCACGUAAGCAUCGUUACGAAACCAAAGGUCUCUCGAUUGUGAAUCUUCUCUUUUCGGCGGCAAGUGGGGAUGUGACUGCUUUGCGCCGACAUCGUCUAUCCGGCAUGGAUAUAACUCUGGCUGAUUACGAUGGACGAACAGCUUUGCAUUUAGCCGCAUCGGAGGGACACUUGGACUGUGUUAAAUUCCUGCUCGAGCAUUGCCAUGUACCUCAUAAUCCAAAAGAUCGAUGGGGUAACUAUCCCAUAGAUGAGGCUGAAUGUUUUGGACAUCAAGAAAUUGUUGACUUUUUGAAGGAAUAUGCUGAAAAAGUUGGUUGCGAAGAGGUUCCAUCUACAAUUUGCAAAAACAAUACUGACGCAGAUCAGGAAAUUGAGCAACCUGAUAAAUAUGAUCGAAGUUCAACAGCAAGUCCAGUUCCAACUAACGGAAGUGACAACACUAAACCUGGUCUCUAAGAAGAUACCUCCCUUAUAUAACUCCACCAAACUGUACAGUGUACACACUCCCAAAUACACCACCUCUGUAAAUUACAAAUUACAAAAGUAUUUAUUGCUUACAACAAAAAAUAUAAGAAAAUUGUGCUGUGUUCUUUGACGAAGGUUUGUGUCUUAGAAGAUUUGAAAAUUUUAUCUGAAUUAUUGAAUGUAAAGGUCCUUGCAUACUUACAAAAAUCAGCCUACCUUAAAUAAAUAUGACAAUAAUAACUAUAUGUACUCGUAUGUAGGAGGCAAUCAGUCAAUUUUACAAAACUUAUUUAGGUAUUUUUUAGGCAUUACUCAAGAUGCUCAUAAUAAUCAAACAAUUGAAUUAAAUGUAUAAAUAUUUUGGUAGGCAUUUAAACUCAUAGUAAAAACAAAACUACGUUUUAAUUCUGUGAUUUUCUUUUUCUAAGUUAAACAUUUAAGAUUUUUUAAAAACUACUUCGUACUGGUAUGUUUUUUAAUUUUUUUGCGAGAGUUCAAAAGCGAAUGAAAAAAGAGCAACUUUUUUAUAGCUUAAUUAUUAUUCUUUUUAAAUACAAAUUACGUCAUGUAUUUUAAAUUAUAACAAGAAUAUAAUGGGGACAUUU